AUAUAAAUGUUUAGAAUGUCCUGACUAUGACUUAUGCUCCGAUUGUAUUACGAUUUCCAACUUGCUCCAUAAUGUGCUACAUUACUUUCGCAAAAUCUUAGAUCCAAAGGAUGAUCUAAACAAUACCACAUCUGCAUCUGCAUCUGCAUCUGUUACUGUUUCCCCAAUACUUCCAACUACAAAAGAGGAACUGUUAGCCCUGCUACGUGAAGAAGAGAAGCGAAGAUUUUCGCCUGAAAUACAAAAGCGAUAUUAUGAAGUCGGGACUGAUCCCACAUGUGGUAAGGACUGGAUGGAUGUUACUGAUCAGAUGCAGCAUGAAUUGGUUCGAGAAUUCGGCUAUUCAGACGAGGCUGUACAACUACUACGGCGUGCCCCACAAAUUUAUCCAGAUGAUCCUCGAUUUCAUACAACUCAAGUGUAUGUUCGUAAUAACAUCUGUCAUUUGGGAAACCUAACCGAAGGAAUGCCAGCACCUGAUUGUCCACUGGUUCCACUAGAAUCUUCAUCAACACCAGUUUCCUUGCGCUCACUUUGUCAACCUGGACGGCCGCUCGUUAUUCUCGGUGGAUCAUAUACCUGUCCUUUAUACCGAUGCAUAUCUCAUGUGCUCAAUGAUAUAUACAGGAAAUAUAAUUCACAAAUCGAUUUCUACAUGAUUCAAAUUCGAGAAGCACAUGCUUCCGAUGUUUGGCCUAUUGGUAAUGUUGUGAGCGUUAAGGAGCACCGCACAUUAGAUGAACGUUUAGCUGCUGCUCGCGAAAUGGUCAAAGCGACUCGGCUGGAAAUUCCCGUGUUUGCAGAUACGAUGGAUGACGUUUUCUUAGGAUUGUACAAACCAUGGCCCUUUCGCUUUUUUGUCAUCGUAGAUG